UUUGCUCUUUCGUGUAUUUUUUAACGAAUAAGAAUAAUGUGUUAAGAGUUCAAUGUGAAUCGUAUCGUCGUGUGUUCGUGCAGACGUGCAAUUGUUUAAAACUACAGCAAUAAACUGUUUUUGGUGUAAAAUCUACAAGCAAAGCGCGUAACGAAAAUUGCUAAAUAUCCGAACCGAAACAAAUCUAACAAAACAGUAACCGCAACAACAACGAACCUACGAUAAAAAAAACAAAAGUCGACGUAAACGUUGACGUAGAAAUUAACAAAAAAAACAGUAUUCGUUUAUUCACUCUUCCGGUUUUACGUACGCUCUUAUCAAACAACAAUCAAAUAAAAGUGCGUGUGUAAUCCGACCAACAAGAAGCAGAAGAAGGAAAAGCAGCAGACUCCAUCAGAAGAAGAAGCGGCAACAGCAGCAACAACUCCUCAACUUCAGCGAAAGAGUGAGAGAGAGAGAGAGAAAGCUUAGUUUGUGUUUGCGUGUGUGCGACAGAGUGAGAGAGUGCACCACAAUAGCCAGUCAAGAUGACGCAACCGCUGCCCAUACGCUUUCAAGAGCAUUUACAGCUCACAAAUGUUGGCAUCAAUCCGAACUCGUUCUCGUUCAGCACGCUCACAAUGGAGUCGGACAAGUUCAUCUGUGUGCGGGAGAAGAGCAACGAUACCGCCCAGGUGGUCAUCAUUGAUAUGAACGACUCAUCGAAUCCAACGCGACGUCCCAUUUCCGCCGAUUCGGCCAUCAUGAAUCCGGCCAGCAAGGUGAUUGCGCUCAAAGCGCAAAAGACGCUGCAGAUCUUCAACAUUGAGAUGAAGUCGAAGAUGAAGGCGCACACGAUGAACGAGGAUGUGGUGUUCUGGAAAUGGAUAUCCCUCAAUACGCUCGCUCUGGUGACCGAGACGAGCGUGUUCCAUUGGUCGAUGGAGGGUGAUUCGAUGCCACAGAAAAUGUUCGAUCGCCACUCAUCGCUCAACGGCUGUCAGAUCAUCAACUAUCGCUGCAAUGCAUCGCAACAAUGGCUCCUUCUCGUUGGCAUCUCGGCGCUGCCAAGUCGCGUCGCUGGCGCCAUGCAACUGUAUUCGGUGGAGCGUAAAGUGUCGCAAGCGAUUGAGGGACAUGCCGCUAGCUUUGCCACCUUCAAGAUCGAGGGCAACAAGGAGCCGACGACGCUGUUCUGUUUCGCUGUGCGCACCGCCACCGGCGGCAAGUUGCACAUCAUUGAGGUGGGCACACCGCCAAAUGGCAAUCAACCGUUCCCGAAGAAGGCAGUCGAUGUAUUCUUUCCGCCGGAGGCUCAAAAUGAUUUCCCCGUGGCAAUGCAAGUUUCCGCCAAGUACGAUACAAUCUAUUUGAUAACCAAAUAUGGAUACAUACAUCUGUACGACAUGGAGACGGCCACGUGCAUCUACAUGAAUCGCAUAUCGGCCGAUACGAUUUUUGUGACGGCACCGCACGAGGCCAGCGGCGGCAUCAUUGGCGUCAAUCGCAAGGGUCAGGUUCUGUCCGUAACCGUCGAUGAGGAGCAAAUCAUCCCGUACAUCAAUACCGUGCUGCAAAAUCCCGAUUUGGCAUUGCGUAUGGCGGUGCGCAACAAUCUCGCCGGCGCCGAGGAUCUCUUUGUGCGCAAAUUCAACAAACUCUUCACCGCCGGCCAAUACGCCGAGGCGGCCAAAGUCGCAGCGUUGGCUCCGAAGGCCAUUCUGCGCACCCCGCAAACGAUUCAACGUUUCCAGCAGGUGCAAACGCCGGCGGGCUCGACGACGCCACCGUUGCUCCAAUACUUUGGCAUCCUUCUCGAUCAGGGCAAACUGAACAAGUUCGAAUCGCUCGAGUUGUGUCGUCCCGUCUUGUUGCAGGGCAAGAAGCAAUUGUGCGAGAAAUGGCUGAAGGAGGAGAAACUCGAGUGCAGCGAGGAGUUGGGUGAUUUGGUCAAGACAUCCGAUUUGACGCUCGCCCUCUCGAUCUAUUUGCGCGCAAAUGUGCCCAACAAGGUGAUACAAUGCUUUGCCGAGACCGGACAAUUCCAGAAGAUUGUGCUGUACGCCAAGAAGGUGAACUACACGCCCGAUUACAUUUUCCUGUUGCGCUCCGUGAUGCGCAGCAAUCCCGAACAGGGCGCCGGAUUCGCUUCGAUGCUCGUCGCCGAGGAGGAACCGCUGGCGGACAUCAAUCAGAUUGUCGACAUUUUCAUGGAACACUCGAUGGUGCAACAGUGCACCGCAUUCCUCCUCGACGCCCUCAAGCACAAUCGUCCCGCCGAGGGAGCGCUGCAGACGCGUCUGCUCGAAAUGAACUUGAUGUCGGCCCCACAAGUGGCGGAUGCCAUCUUGGGCAACGCCAUGUUCACGCACUAUGAUCGGGCGCACAUCGCUCAGCUGUGCGAGAAGGCUGGACUCUUGCAGCGUGCCCUCGAGCACUAUACGGAUCUGUAUGACAUUAAGCGGGCGGUGGUCCAUACGCAUAUGCUCAAUGCCGAGUGGUUGGUCAGUUUCUUUGGCACACUGUCGGUGGAGGAUUCCCUUGAGUGUUUGAAGGCCAUGUUGACGGCGAAUUUGCGUCAGAAUUUGCAGAUUUGUGUGCAGAUCGCCACCAAAUAUCACGAGCAAUUGACCACAAAGGCGUUGAUUGAUUUGUUUGAGAGCUUCAAGAGCUACGACGGUUUGUUCUAUUUCCUGAGCAGCAUUGUCAACUUCUCCCAGGAUCCCGAAGUGCAUUUCAAGUACAUUCAGGCCGCCUGCAAGACCAAUCAAAUCAAGGAGGUGGAACGCAUCUGUCGCGAAUCCAAUUGCUAUAACCCGGAGCGUGUCAAGAACUUCUUGAAGGAGGCCAAACUGACCGAUCAGCUCCCCUUGAUUAUUGUCUGCGAUCGCUUCGAUUUCGUGCACGAUUUAGUGCUCUAUUUGUAUCGCAACAAUCUGCAGAAAUACAUUGAGAUCUAUGUCCAGAAGGUGAAUCCAUCCCGUUUGCCCGUCGUCGUUGGCGGUCUGCUCGAUGUCGAUUGCAGCGAGGACAUUAUCAAGAACCUCAUCCUGGUGGUCAAGGGACAAUUCUCCACAGACGAACUGGUCGAGGAGGUGGAGAAACGCAAUCGCUUGAAAUUGCUGCUGCCCUGGCUGGAGUCGCGUGUCCACGAGGGUUGCGUCGAACCCGCCACGCACAAUGCGCUGGCCAAGAUCUACAUCGAUUCGAACAACAAUCCCGAGCGUUUCCUCAAGGAAAAUCAAUACUACGACAGCCGUGUUGUCGGUCGCUAUUGCGAGAAGCGUGAUCCCCACUUGGCGUGCGUUGCCUACGAGCGCGGUCAAUGCGAUCGCGAGUUGAUUGCCGUCUGCAAUGAGAAUUCGCUGUUCAAGAGCGAGGCACGCUAUCUGGUCGGACGUCGUGAUGCCGAACUCUGGGCCGAGGUGCUAUCGGAGGCCAAUCCCUACAAGCGUCAGUUGAUCGAUCAGGUGGUGCAGACCGCACUCUCGGAGACUCAAGAUCCCGAUGACAUUUCGGUCACUGUUAAGGCAUUCAUGACCGCCGAUUUGCCCAACGAAUUGAUCGAGCUGCUGGAGAAGAUCAUCCUGGAUUCGUCCGUUUUCAGUGAUCAUCGCAAUCUACAGAAUCUGCUGAUCUUGACCGCCAUCAAGGCGGAUCGCACACGCGUCAUGGACUACAUUAAUCGAUUGGAUAACUACGAUGCACCGGAUAUUGCCAACAUUGCUAUCAGCAAUCAGUUGUACGAAGAGGCUUUUGCCAUUUUCAAGAAAUUCGAUGUAAACACUUCGGCCAUCCAAGUGCUGAUCGAUCAGGUGAACAAUUUGGAGCGUGCCAACGAGUUUGCCGAGCGUUGCAAUGAGCCAGCCGUUUGGUCUCAGCUUGCCAAGGCGCAGCUGCAACAGGGUCUGGUCAAGGAGGCCAUCGAUUCGUACAUCAAGGCCGAUGAUCCCAGCGCCUACAUGGAUGUCGUCGAUGUUGCUAGCAAAGUGGAGUCAUGGGAUGAUCUGGUGCGUUAUCUGCAGAUGGCACGCAAGAAGGCCCGCGAAUCGUACAUUGAGAGUGAGUUGAUCUAUGCGUAUGCACGCACCGGACGUCUGGCCGAUCUUGAGGAGUUCAUCUCGGGACCGAAUCAUGCGGACAUCCAGAAGAUCGGUGAUCGUUGCUUCAGCGAUGGAAUGUACGAUGCCGCCAAGCUGUUGUACAACAAUGUCAGCAAUUUCGCCCGACUCGCCAUCACGUUGGUCUAUCUGAAGGAGUUCCAAGGCGCCGUCGAUUCCGCCCGCAAGGCCAACUCGACGCGCACCUGGAAGGAAGUGUGCUUCGCCUGUGUCGAUGCCGAGGAAUUCCGUUUGGCGCAAAUGUGUGGACUGCACAUUGUGGUGCAUGCCGAUGAGCUCGAGGAUUUGAUCAAUUACUAUCAGAAUCGUGGAUACUUUGAGGAGUUGAUCGCGUUGCUCGAGUCCGCCUUGGGAUUGGAGCGUGCUCACAUGGGCAUGUUCAGUGAGCUGGCAAUAUUGUAUUCGAAAUUCAAGCCAUCGAAGAUGCGCGAACAUUUGGAAUUGUUCUGGUCGCGUGUGAAUAUCCCGAAAGUGUUGCGUGCCGCCGAAUCGGCGCAUUUGUGGUCCGAAUUAGUCUUCCUCUAUGACAAGUAUGAGGAGUACGAUAACGCGGUGCUCGCGAUGAUGGCACAUCCCACGGAGGCAUGGCGUGAGGGACACUUCAAGGACAUCAUCACCAAGGUGGCCAACAUUGAGCUCUACUACAAGGCAAUUGAAUUCUAUUUGGACUUUAAGCCGCUGCUCUUGAACGACAUGCUGCUGGUGUUGGCUCCACGCAUGGAUCACACACGUGCCGUCAGCUAUUUCUCAAAGACCGGCUAUCUGCCGCUGGUGAAACCAUAUCUCCGCUCGGUGCAGUCGCUCAACAAUAAGGCAAUCAACGAGGCCCUCAACGGGCUGCUGAUCGAUGAGGAGGACUACCAGGGGCUGCGCAAUUCGAUCGAUGGUUUCGACAACUUUGACACCAUUGCGCUGGCGCAGAAGCUCGAGAAGCACGAGCUCACCGAAUUCCGUCGCAUUGCGGCCUAUCUCUACAAGGGCAACAAUCGCUGGAAGCAGAGCGUUGAGCUGUGCAAAAAGGAUAAACUGUACAAGGACGCCAUGGAGUAUGCUGCCGAGUCGGGCAAACAGGAGAUUGCCGAGGAGCUCUUGGGUUGGUUCCUGGAACGCAAUGCGCACGAUUGCUUUGCGGCAUGUCUAUAUCAGUGCUACGAUUUGCUGCGUCCCGAUGUGAUCCUGGAACUGGCAUGGAAACACAAAAUCAUGGACUUUGCCAUGCCCUACUUGAUACAGGUGCUGCGCGAGUACACCACGAAGGUGGAUAAACUGGAGCUGAAUGAGGCGCAGCGUGAGAAGGAGGAUGAUACUACGGAGCAUAAAAACAUAAUACAAAUGGAGCCACAGCUGAUGAUAACAGCUGGGCCAGCAAUGGGCAUACCACCACAAUAUGCAACAAAUUAUCCACCUGGCGCUGCGGCAGCGGCAGCAGCGGCUGCGGCAGCGGCAGGACGCAACAUGGGCUAUCCCUAUAUGUAGGCACACACUUCAACCAACCAACCAACUAAACAACCCAACCAACAACACAUACAGAAUCAUACAACAAUUGUAGCUGUAACAACUAUAACAACAACAUCAACAACAACAACAGCAGCAGCAAAACACUACAAAACAACAACAAUUGAGAAUGCCCACAACAACAACAAUUCACUAAUUCUAUUUGCAUGAGCGCCAAAAACAACAAAUAACAACAACAGCAACAAUUAAGAGAGUGCUAAAUAAACGACCAACUACAACAACAACAACACUGAGAGCACGCGUAGUGAAUAUAAUCUAUAUAUAUAUAUAUAUCUAGUUAUAUAUUUAUUUGUUGAGUCACAUACAACAUACACAACAACAACAACAACAACAACAACAACAACAUACACACAACAUUAUAAUGAUUAAUAAUAUAAUAACAAUUCGCUACAAAAGCAACUAAGCGAACAACAAGAACAACAACAGCGCGAACUCAACAACAGCAACAACAACAACAUGAAGCAGAUAAACAAUAUAUAGAAAGCGACAACAGCAACAACAACAACAACAAAAACUAGUGUUCAACAAAAAGAGAAAGAAUGGUCGUAGUUUAUUAUUAUUAUUAAAAUUAUUACAUUUUAAGCAUAAAACACAACAAGAAAACACAUAAAACAAACAUUUAUAUAUAUAUAUUUAUUAAUAUAUAUAUAUGCAUAAAUAUAAAUACAAAUUAAAUAAAUAAAAUUUAUUAAUUCAUCAAGAAAAUCAAACGGAAGCAAGAAAACAUGGAAAUGUGUUUAUGUUUGAGACGCAACAACAACAACAACACAAAAUAAAGUAAACAUUUUUUGAAAUUAGCAAAAAGAAAAUAUAUUACAAAUAAUUAUUAAAAGAAAAAAAAAACAAAAAAACAAAAGCAGGCACAGUUAGCGUUUGAAAUUGAAAUUUUGUGGAACUCGUAACUUUUUGUUGUUGCCAGUUGCCAAACAACAUCCACACAACAUAAGCACACACACCAUCCACACACACACACACACAAUACACUAAUUACUGCUGCUGAAAAAAAAGAAAACAAAAUUUAUUUAAUGAAAUUGUAAUUGUUUGUAUAAAAAAAAACGACACAAAAACAACUCACGAAACA